UCCAGGGUCAGGGCGGCUGGGGGCAGGGCCAGGUCGGACAAACAGAUCAAAGGUGAGGCUGUGCGAAGGCAGAGCAGGCCCCGCCAGCAGGACGGGGACACCAUGAGGCUGCUGAUCCUCCUGGGCCUGCUGUGGCGCUCGGCAGCUGCCCCCGAGGGCCCGCAGUGGCCCAAGCCUGUGUUCGGGCGCCUGGCGUCUCCGGGCUUCCCGGAGAAGUACGCCAACGACCAGGAGCUGCGCUGGAGCCUGACGGCGCCCCCCGGCUACCGCCUGCGUCUCUACUUCACCCACUUCCACCUGGAGCUGUCCUACCUCUGCGAGUACGACUUUGUCAAGCUGAGCUCGGGAUCCAAGGUGCUGGCCACGCUGUGUGGCUGGGAGAGCACAGACACGGAGCGGGCCCCUGGCAACGACACCUUCUACUCGCUGGGCUCCAGCCUGGACGUCACCUUCCACUCUGACUACUCCAAUGAGAAGCCGUUCAGGGGCUUCGAAGCCUUUUACGCAGCCGAAGACAUCGAUGAGUGCCAGGUGGCCCCCGGAGAGGCGCCGCCCUGUGAGCACCACUGCCACAACCACCUGGGCGGCUUCUACUGCUCCUGCCGGGCGGGCUACGUCCUCCACCAGAACAAGCGCACCUGCUCCGCCCUGUGCUCAGGCCAGGUCUUCACCGCACGGUCUGGGGUGAUCAGCAGCCCCGAAUACCCACAGCCAUACCCCAACCUCUCCAGUUGUACCUACAGCAUCCGCUUGGAGGAGGGGUUCAAGAUCAUCCUGGACUUCGUGGAGUCCUUCGACGUGGAGGCGCACCCCGACACCCAGUGCCCCUACGACUCCCUCAAGAUUCAAACAGACAUGAAGGAACACGGCCCAUUUUGUGGGAACACAUUGCCCCCCAGGAUUGAAACCAAGAGCAACUCCGUGACCAUAAUCUUCACUACUGACCAGUCGGGGGACAACCGGGGCUGGAAGGUGCACUACACCAGCACGGCUCAGCCUUGCCCUGAUCCGGUGGCGCCACCUAAUGGCCACGUCGUACCUGCGCAAGACAAGUACAUCCUGAAAGACAGCUUCUCCGUGGUUUGCGAGACUGGCUAUGAGCUUCUGCAGGGUCAUUUGCCCCUGGAAUCAUUUGCUGCAGUCUGUCAAAAGGAUGGCUCUUGGGACAAACCGAUGCCAGAAUGCAGCAUUGUUGACUGUGGCCCUCCCGAGGACCUGCCCCACGGCCGGGUGGAGCACAUCACGGGCCCUGACGUGACCACGUACAAGGCCGAGAUUCAGUACCACUGCUCCGGGGCCUUCUACACAAUGAGGACAGGUGACGGUAAAUACGUGUGUGAGGCUGAUGGAUUCUGGACGAGCUCCAAAGGAGAAAAAUCACUCCCAGUCUGCGAGCCUGGUAAUGGAUACUCUCAUGUAAGAGAUUCGUAACUGAUGGAAAGUAGAACUGGGCAGGCAGCAGCAGCAAGCAGAGCCUCAGCUGUGGUGGGCAGAAAGGGAACCUGGGCCCCAGCCCUCAGCCCCAGCUGUUACUCCCAACAGUGUGUCCUCGUCGUCCCCCUGCUCGUGGAGAGGUGGUUAGGUGCUGACUGCAUCAGUCAUUAGAUUAUUUUGCCUUACAACCAGGCAAGAAUAAAAAAUUAAAUGGUUUUUAAAAUGACCAUGAACCAUUUAUACAUUUAUAAACACGAGCUCCUCAGCUACUUCUGUUAAAAAUGCUAUUAAAACCCAAAGCUAGUAACUUCAUUAUUUCCCUAAGCAAUUGUUUUUAAUGACAUCUAGUUUUUAAACAUUAAUGCAAUUUGCCUUUUAAUAGUACUUAAAUUUUUUUUUAACCAGAAUUGGCUUUGAACAUAUAGUUGAAUAGAGAGAUUUUUUUAAAAAAAAUCAGAAAGUUAAUAAUAUAUUCAUUACCCCUGUGUUAUUUGGCUUAAAUUAGUUUUUAUCUUGGCUGACACAACAUUAAAAUUUUUUUUUUUUAAUCUUUAGAGGGGAAGGGAAGGAAAGAGGGAGAGAAAUAUCAAUGUGUGGUUGCCUCUCAUGCGUCCCCUGCUGGGAACUGGCCUGCAACCCAGGCAUGUGCCCUGACUGGGAAUCGAACCGCAAUCCUUGGGUUCACAGGCCCGAACUCAAUCCACUGAGCCACAGCAGCCAGGGCUUGACACAACGUUUUUCAGUUUCAAUGCAAGUACUCUGCCACAACAGGAAACGUUUGCUACAUUAAUGAGUAUAUUUCCUUAGUCAUAUACAGUCAGACUUAGUGUUUUUAAGAAUCAUCUAGAUAACAAAUAAUAGCUUCUGAACCUGAAAGUUCCUGGCCACAAAUGCAACAUUCUGACUUUUAAAACACUGCAGCGAUGUUCGAU